GCCUCUGAGAGACUGAGGAGGGAGUCACUCUGAGCACCACUGACAUUCCCAACAGGCAUUGCAGGGGAGAAGCCUUGUGUGUGAUAUACAGCAGAAAGAAAGUGUGCAUGUGUGUGAGUGGGUGGGAGUGUGUAACCACUGGAGGAGCCUGUAACAGUACAACACAAUCCAGCGUCUCGCACUAUCUGAGCACCGGGCUUCAGUACGGCUGCUGGACAGAAAGCUGCCUUCAAGUGUCGAGUAAAAGAAGGGGAGAAAAUAAUUUUCAGUGGCCGGUGCGAUCUGUUCUGUUUCUGCCAGAGGUGAGACAAGAGGAAGAAGGGAAGAAGAAGAAGAAGAAGAAGAAUUAGAAGUAGUAGAUCGAGAAGGGGUCAACAUGUCAAACGCACUGCUGAGGAGAAACUCCAGCAAACAGGGUUUGCAAAACCUGAUGAGGCUGACGGCUCAGAGGAGCAUCGAGGACGCGGAGGAGGUGGAGAGGGAACGUCGUCGUAGAGCUCGAGAGUCUUUCCGACGGGGCAGCAGUGGUUCAACACCCGGAGAGUCCUCUCCAGAGAACGAGACGCAGACAGAGGAGAAGAUGUUCGAUAGCGACUUCAAGCCCAGCAGCUCUCCCUCUCUGGAGGAGGACGAAGGCUUCAGCGACUGGACUCAGCGCAGAGAGCUUCGGAGGCAGCAGCGCCUGCAGGAGCUCGGCCAGGGAGGCCAGGAGGACGAGGAGGAGAACACGAUAAACAAAGCUCCAUCCGUAAAGACCGUCCAGGCCUCGGCCACAUCCUCCAGCCGACUCCAGCAACAGGAGCAGGAAGGGAUGGAAAAGGCCAGGAUGGAGGUGGAGAGGACGAAGGAGCGUGAGGAGGUGGCUGUUCGAGCCGAGAGGGCGAGGAGGGAGAAAGACGGACAGGACGAGGAGAAGAGGAAGAGGGAGGAGGUGAUGACUAGGAGAAGGGAGGAUGUGCAAAGGCCAAAAACAGAAAUGGAGAAAAGAAAAGAAGUUAAAGUCUCCUACACAUCGAAGGUUUUCCUUCAACAGGAGCCGAAACACAAUGGAGACGCAACAAAUGAGGAAGUGGUGUCACACAUCAACAGCAAAACAAAAAGAUCUACUAGGAGAGCUACAGAGCCGGAGGAGGCGGAGGCCAUCCUGGAGACGGAGCAGCGUCUGGAGAAGAUCCGACGGAGCCUCCAGGUAAAGGAGAGCCAGGACCUGGAGCAGCUGAGACACGGACAGGCCGAGGCCGAGCAGGAGCUGGAGGAGCUGAAGAGGAGAAGGGAGGAGAGACGCCGAGUCAGGCAAGAAGAGGAGCACCGGAGGGAGGAGGAGGAGCAGCAAAGGCUGGCUAAAGAGGAGGAGGAGCGUAGACGUAUGAAGGACGACAUCGAGAGGAGGAGGAUGGAGGCAGCAGAGAGGAUGAAGAGCCUGAGCACGUCCAGCGUGGACGGGGAAGAGAUGUUCAGUCCCUUCAGUCCAAAAGCUCCCACACACAAGAUCACAGAGAGAACAGAGUCCCUGAACCGCUCACUGAAGAAAAGUAACAGCUUUAAGAAGACGCAGCCUCUCAUACUGAUGGCCAAGAUCGACGACAAGCUGGAGCAGUACGCCCACGCCGUGGAGAACUCACAAGAGGCGCGAGCAGUGAAGGCAUCUCUGACUGACCUGCCCAGCUCACCUGAGGUCGUCGCCUCCAAGAAGAACCUGUUUGAGGCCGGAGAGGCCUGGAGCCAGAGUCCCACCAAGGGAGCAACUAGCAAGGACACGGAUGGUCUGAAGGUGGGCGUGGCCAACCUGAUCACCCAGUGGGUCAAAGGCCCCUCUGAUGGCAGCAGACAGUCGUCCAGCAGAGCAACAGAUGUGAAGCCUGGAGACGUGAUGCAGAAGAAGAACAUGUGGGAGAUCAUCGGAGAUUCGUCAGAAGGACCGGGUCAAAAAGCCAAUAAGGGAUCACCAGCUGGUAAAAAGUAUAAAUUUAUCGUCACUGGUCACGGCAAAUAUAACAAGAUCCCCAUGGACGACAAGAGUGGAGGAGAAUUUAUGAACAAACAGUCUGAUUUGUGUCAUGGAGAUUACUGAGCAGGUGUCAACUCUUCAGGUGGCCACCACCUCGACUUUAUUUGCUAUGAAAGAUGUCCACCCGAAGCAGCUCCACAACAUUUAUAGUUACAAUAUUCCAUUUAUAUCCAAUAAAACAUCUUCUAUGACUCAGUUGGACAAACUCAACAGCUCAA